CAACCCAAUCAGCUGUUGUGUGUGAAAAGAGGCAUUUCAUUUUAGAAUUUUCACGCGGAAAAUAUGCAGGAUUUGCGGAAAGCGGACUCGCUGCGACUGCCCAAUGGCGAUGGGAACGCAGCCAACGAUGAGGUCAAGUCGCCGUUCCUGAUCGGCGUGGCCGGCGGAACGGCCAGCGGCAAGUCGACGGUCUGCAAGAAGAUCAUGGAGCAACUGGGCCAGGCGGAAAUGGAUCACACGCAGCGCCAGGUGGUGUCCAUCAGCCAGGACAGCUUCUACCGGGAACUCACGCCCGCCGAGAAGGCCAAGGCCCAGAAGGGCCUCUUCAACUUUGACCAUCCGGACGCCUUCAACGAGGAACUCAUGUUCAGCACCCUGCAGAAUAUCCUGAAAGGCCACAAGGUGGAGAUACCCAGCUAUGAUUACCGCACCAACUCGCUGGACUUUGAAAACACAUUGGUCAUCUACCCAGCCGAUGUGGUCCUAUUCGAGGGCAUACUGGUCUUUUACUUUCCCAAGAUACGCGACCUAUUCCACAUGAAGCUAUUCGUGGACACAGACUCCGAUACCAGAUUGGCCAGAAGAGUGCCACGUGAUAUCAACGAACGUGGACGGGACUUGGACGCCGUACUCACCCAAUACAUGACGUUCGUGAAGCCCGCUUUUGAGGAAUUCUGCUCGCCUACGAAAAAGUUUGCUGACGUUAUCAUACCACGAGGCGCCGACAACACAGUUGCCAUUGAUCUUAUUGUACACCAUAUCGGGGAGAUUCUCGCCACCACCAACAGCGCACAGCACAGCAACACAGUCAGGGUGGCGGCGUCUAGCAUGAAGCGAGACCACUAAACGCAAAUAAAACUCGCUUCUGGGGCGGCCACUUCCUCGUCCUAACGCCGCGUCUUGAGCUUGUACUAAUUGCCAAAAACAGAAAAAGAAACUAAAGUCCAAAAGCUAAAGAAUGCCGAGGCGCCGCAGCACAAAUGUCCAUUAAUGAGCGCCGGCAUCGCUUCUCAUUUGGUCUUCUCAUCGUAACCGAUUAACGUAGUCGUAAGAUUGAAAAGUAUCCUUAGUAUCUACUUGCAUAUAUUCAACAAUACAUGGUAGCGUGUAUGUAAGCUCGUUUCUGUUCACCAAGAUAACCCAACCUGCGAUUGCGAUCCCAGACUAACUCUGGUCCUAAGUUACUUAUAGCGAAGUGUUACAGUUAAACGUUAUUCUAUUCUCUAACCUGGUGCCCAGACCCGAUUUGGCUUCCUUCGGAGGUUUUAAGCACUCUACUCACCAAACCACACACAUGUUACACAUCUAACUAUUGUAUCUAUGUUCCGAUGCCCGAUACUUUGUUAACCACUCUUAUGCAUUUCUGUUUUCUGGAUGCUAAUAUAAUAAGGGAAUCCUUUAUUAACCUUUAUAAGCUGAAUUUUCUAUAAAUAUAAAUAUGUUGUAUAUAUUUUUAACCAGGUCAAGUGUAAUCUGCUUAAAAAUUAAGUAGGACAUUUAUAGUUUUUCCUUAUUUCACUUUCCAUUAUUAGUUUGCAUAGUUUUUCAAUAUUUACAUACUAACUAUCUGCUAAACGGACUAUAAAUAACUCCUUUCUUAAGCUCAAAUAUUUAUUUGUUUGUAGAUGUUCUUA